AUGGUUAAAUUAACAGACGAAUAUGGUGCUGUCGAUGUCAUACCAAAAGAUAUUGACAAAAAGCAGACUCCAGUAGCUGAAUAUAGUCGCCCUCCGGUGGAAGUAACAUCUAAGGAAGACGAGCACCUGCAUGAUAUCGGAAAUGAAGUAAAACGUAUUUACAAACGUCGAGCUUCAAUUUAUCAGAUACCAAAUGAAUUCCAAGAACAUGGAUUGGGUAACUCGGAGGAACUGAACCCUCGAAAAUCGACAUUGCACAGGGAGGAAAAUACUUUGAAGAAAAAAGAUAUUUCAUCGAAUAAAUCCAGCAACCGCCGCUCUAAAACUCCAGUACCAACAGAUUGGAAGCGUCGCAAUCAGCUCCCGUUAAAUGGCACCUCGGAACCGCUAAUUGAAUCCUUACUGCAGUUCGCACCCAGUAUUGAAUCCAGCACUCCAAAACGAAGAACAACGAAAAAUAGUCAGAUCGCAGAAACUGUUUCAAAACUUUUUAACAUUCAGGAGGAAAUUAUGUUAAUAGACAGUUCUAGGCGGAAACCUAGAAAAGUAAAUCCUUCAACAGUACCCUCUAACAAUACAUCAAUAAUUUCUUCAAACCAGGAAUCAUGCCAAAAGACAAUAGAUAGGACAAAUUUUAACGCAUUCGAAAAUCAAAAGAGCGAAACAAUGUCUUUGUAUGAUACUUCAGCAGUACCAUCAACUCAGAAGCCAACAAAAUCAUCUUCAUUUUCCAAUGAUAAGGACGAAUCACCAAAAGGUAUAAAGAAGAUAGUGGAAAAUACAAUCAUCAACACGACAAACUCAUCAAGCGGUUCAACUGAUUACUCUGAUGAUGAUAACAUGUCUCUUGCUUGCUUUGCGGCUCGUAGUAAUGCUGUUCAACAUCCAUCGACUGAUAUGUUUGCUAAACCUUCAAAAAGUAUACAGCUGUGUAUUACAGGACGUGCUACGUCAGUGAUAGCCGAUGAUGAAAGUACAACGAAUACUGAAGCCUUUGAUGAAGACAUCAUGAGUGUUUCUACUGAAAUUCCCACAGUAACUAACACAUCAAGAUUGGGCAAUCGUGGUGUAAGAAGCAAACGGCGAAAGUCACAAAAACAUUCAACUAGCAAGAUUAAACGCCAACAAGUAAAGUCACAAAUGCAAAAUAGCAAACCAAAUCAAUCUUUCAAUUGUGAACUUUGCCGAAAAGUAUUCAAAAAACAAGACGCAUAUAAUAAACACCGCAUGACGUUGUCACACAUCGCAAAGCUAUCAGAACAAGAAUAUCUAGUGGCUCAACAAAAUCAGGGACCAGAUCAUUCUUUGCACCUGGCCAACGAUAAUUUGCUGCACGACCCAAAAACAAACCAAGGAAACCUUAUUACAAAAGAAACAAUUGAAUUAAAUGAAAAACUAUUGGAAAUCCCUGCGGUGCCGACGGCUGCCCCCACAACUUUAUCAACAAUGCCUUCAUUAGCAAAAACAUUGAUAGAGAAAAUCAAAGAUCACACUGAAAAACCUGUAAAAGAACUCAGUCAAGAAGAAAAACUGUUCUACGAAUGUUGUUCAAUGCUAAAGGAGUCUAAUUCGAAUGAAAAUGAUAAGUUAAAAAGUGUAACCACCAUGUCCUUGAAAUCAAAUGAAGCGAAUCUUUCGGAUAUGUCAAGCAUAAUUCACAUAAAUGAAGUAAAUAAUACAUCAACUCCUGUUCUUUCUACUAAUUUAGCAUCAUCCAUGGAGCAGAAUCCGAUGCGUUUAUCGACCGUUAAAUGUAGUGUGAUGGACGAAUUUGAAACUACUCACAAUGAGGUCACUCUUACUCAAGAAGAACCAAUUAAUCAAAAGAAACAAAGAGAGUUAGAUGGGAACGUACAUUUUAUGACACAUGCGUAUGUUAUACCCAACCAGUUAGGAAAUGAUUCAGCACAAAUCUCGAUGCAUACCUCGAUGGUUAGUGGUACUAGUGGUGGUAGUAAUAACAAUGGCAGUAAUGCAAAAAUUAAAACUAAAGGAGCACUGAAAGGAUAUGACAAUUUCAAGGUAUCAAUACCAAUGUCGGGCUUAACCGUGAUGUCAGCUAACGCAACAAACAACUGUAUCAGUAUUGGCAAAGAGUCACGCUUGGAUACUCUAGCCGAUGUUGCGUUGUGUGGUGAUAUCCCCAAAGAAUUUGGCAUUGUAGAACAAAGCGAAGAAAUCAUCUCUACUUCAGUUAAAGAUAAUGUAAACGCAUGCCCUGAAGCGCGUCUUAGGUUUCCCCUGAUUGAAACGGUUUCAAUGACAAACGAUCAAGUACAUGCAUCAUCUCCAAGAUUAUUAGAACCGAUUAAAACCGAACGCAAUAUUGAAAUGAAAAUUAACAAAAUCACAGCAAGGCGUACAGGCAUUAGUAUGUCAAAAUCUGUGAAAUUAAAUAAGACUGGCUUUUAAAGAACCGGGAAUACACUAUAAAAUCGGCAAAAAAAACUUCCUCCAGAUGGGCUACAGGGCCAUAUCGAAGAAGAAUGUAUAAAAAUAAUCCUCCUCUCAACACAGUUGCCGAUGAUGAAGAAGAUGUGUAUGCUUUUCAAGACUCUCCAUGUGACGGCGUUUCACCUUCGUCCUACUCAUCUAAGAAAAUUAUUACAUCCAUACAGAAUCAAAAUUUGAUGAAAAAGGAAGAGGGCUCUAAGCUAAACCUAAAGCACAAUUCAUCUACUAUUCAAGCACCAACGUUGGAAGAUCACGAAGAUAGUCAGAUGUCAAGUUUGAGUUUUUCUGAUCGUGAUGAUUUUGUCUAUGGUACAAAUACGAUGAGUGAAGAAGAAGAAGAAGAAAAGAAGAAGAA